AUGAAGUGUCUCGUGGUGUUACUUGCAGUCCUCACUCUGACCCAGGGCAGUGGCAUCACUAGGGUCCCUCUGCACAAAGGCAAGUCGCUGAGAAAGGCCCUGAAGGAGCGUGGGCUCCUGGAGGACUUUCUGAGGACGCACCGCUAUGCCAUCAGCAAGGAGAACUCCGGCGUCGGCAAGGUGGCCCGCGAGCCCCUGGUGAACUACCUGGACAGUCAGUACUUUGGGAAGAUCAGCAUCGGGACCCCACCCCAGGACUUCACCGUGGUGUUUGACACUGGUUCCUCGGACCUCUGGGUACCCUCUGUCUACUGCAAGAGUGACGCCUGCAAAAACCACCGCCGCUUCAACUCAUCCGAGUCCUCCACCUUCCAGAAACUGGGCCAGCCCCUGUCCAUCCAGUACGGCACAGGCAGCAUGGAGGGGAUUCUGGGCUCUGACACCGUCACCGUCUCCAACAUUGUGGACUCCCGCCAGACUGUGGGCCUGAGCACCCAGGAGCCUGGCGACGUCUUCACCUACUUCGAGUUCGACGGGAUCCUGGGCCUGGCCUACCCAUCUCUGGCCGCCAAGGACUCGGUGCCUGUGUUUGACAACAUGAUGAAGCAUCACCUGGUGGCCCAGGACCUGUUCUCUGUGUACAUGAGCAGGAAUGACCAGGGGAGCAUGCUGACGCUGGGGGCCAUCGACUCAUCCUACUACAGAGGCUCACUGCACUGGGUGCCCGUGACCGUGCGGGAGUACUGGCAGUUCACUGUGGACAGCGUCACCGUUGACGGGGUGGUGGUGGCCUGUGACGGUGGCUGUCAGGCCAUCCUGGACACAGGCACUUCCAUGCUGGUUGGGCCUAGCAGUGACAUCCUCAACAUCCAGCAGGCCAUCGGUGCCACAGAGGACCAGUAUGGCCUGUUUAACAUCAACUGUGGAAGCCUGAGCAGCAUGCCCACGGUGGUCUUUGAGAUCAACGGCAGAACGUACCCACUGCCCCCCUCCGCCUAUACCAGCCAGGACAUGGACUUCUGCACCAGUGGCUUCCAGGGCGAAGAUGACUCCCAGCUGUGGAUCCUGGGGGAUGUGUUCAUCCGGGAGUAUUUCAGCGUAUUCGACAGGGCCAACAACCGCGUGGGGCUGGCCAAGGCCAUCUGA